AUGGCGACGAUCUCAAUCCUUGUCGGAUGCGCUGCGUGGUGGGCCGUAAACCACGUGAUCAAAGGGCCCUGCCACACGACUGCUCUCAAAGGAGAGCAAUGGGUCGAUGAGCUGCUGACGGGGAGCCACAGGCGCUUUCGCAACCAGCUGCGUAUGUUGCCAAGCACGUUCAACUCUCUGCUGGCGACUCUGCAGAGCAAGUACUCCCUGUCGUCAAGUCGCUAUGUGUCGGCCAAGGAAAAGUUGGCUACCUUUCUCUUCGUGAUUGCUUCGUUGUUGCUACUAUACCCCGUCGUGGUCACCCUUCCAAGCAAAGACAUUCCGUACGAAAUCCAUUCAAACCCAAAGAUGUACCCGUUCUUCGAACACUGCGUUGGCGCAUUGGAUGGGACGCAUAUACGAGCAACCCCUCCACCCGGAUUUGCAAAGCCAUUUCGCAACCGUAAGGGAUACGUCAGCCAAAACGUGGUUGCGGCCUGCUCGUUCGACUUGCGAUUCGUCUACGUGCUUGCGGGGUGGGAAGGCGCUGCGUCCGACGGCAGAGUUUUGAGCGAUGCCUUGUUGGGAAAGGGCUUUGAAAUUCCUGAGGGGAAGAUGUACCUGGGAGACGCAGGCUACAGUCUAAAAACGAACUUGUUGACACCGUACCGAGGUGUACGAUACCAUCUCCGCGAGUGGGCAGCUGGGAAUCAGCGCCCACAAAACGCCCGAGAACUGUACAACCUUCGUCACUACCAGCAGCGCAACUGCAUUGAACGUGUGUUCGGUGUGCUGAAGAAGCGGUUCAAGAUUCUGGAGUAUCCAUCAGAGUACCCGUUCACGACACAAGUUGACCUGGUCUACACGCUAUGCGCUCUACACAACAUCGUUAUGGAACUCGAAUAUGACCGCCACUUCCUCCAAAUGGCCGACAAGGCCAAGAAGAAGCGUGAUCAACUGCAGAAGCGCCGCGCUAACCGACACCGCCGCAUGUCCAAUGUGCCAACCGAGUAG